CCGCGCAGAAGGACGACGACGCAUCCAGCAGUGCGCACCCGCGCGCGCCCCGGCCAGCCAUGGACGACAACGACAUGGGUGUCGAGAGCCAGCGGGAGUUGAUGACGGCCGCGCCGGCGGCGAGACCCGGCACGGGAAGCGGCGGCGGGCGGAAGCACCUCUCCUCCAUCGCCAACCGCGUGCUCCGGCAGUGUUCACUGACAUUGGACAGGAGUGUCGAUGAUUUGGUGGCAGACUUCGAGUUGGGCUUAAAGACUGCAGCAGUCGGCAACUAUUCAAGAAAACUAGUUGAGUUUUGCAGUCUUCAGGCCCUGCAAAUUAUCACAUCACAUGAUAUUGGGGAGAAGAUAAAUGAUGGUUCCCUAAGUCGGUUCACCUUCGAUAUGAUGCUAGCUUGGGAAACCCCUACUCCAUCGGAUCAACAGGUCACCAUGGAGAGCAUAGCGAAAGAAAGGGAAGAUAGAAAGGAGCCACUGGGAGAAAAUGAAGCUGUGAUGGGAGAUGAGACGUCACUGUUCUAUUCAGAUAUCAUGCCUCUUCUUGUGAAUGAAGAGCCAAGUGUUGGGGAAGAAGCUUACGUAUGGUUUGGAUCUGUAUUCCCUUUGGCUUGUGACGUGGUUAAUGCUCGAUUCACAUAUGAAGCUCUCACUGCUACCACAGCUAACAGGCUGCAUUAUCCUGCUUAUGACAGAUUCCUGAAAGAAAUGGAUAAGUCCUUCAAGUUCUUUCAAGAUUUGCCAACUCCUACCGGAAUUGAAUUCGCUGAAGAUGAAUUCAUUUUGCACAUGGAGGGCACAGCAGGAACACAAAGGGUAGUGAGGCACAUUGGAACCACUAGUUGGCCAGGCCGAGCUACUCUGACGAACAAGGCACUAUAUUUUGAGGCUUCCGGAAAAAUUUCAUACGAAUCUGCUAUCAAGGUUGAUCUUUCAGACACUGGAAUAGAACACCAAAUUAGCACUGCUUCAACAGGCCCUUUUGGUGUGCCUUUGUUUGACAAGGCCAUUGUGUUUGAGUCACUAUCAGAACCUCUGGUUUUGGAGUUCCCCGAGAUGACUAGCUCAACAAGGCGCGACAUGUGGCUUACUCUGAUAAGAGAAGUACUCUUUAUCCACCGUUUUAUAUCAAUGUACAACAUAGUAUCCCCCAUUCACAAAUGGGAGGUACACUCUAGAGUCAUAUUGGGAGUAAUAAGGCUCCACGCUGCAAGAGAGAUGCUACGGAUGUCACCACCGCCCGCUUCUAGCUUUUUAGUGUUCUCACUGUAUGAUGACAUGCCUAAAGGUGAUUUUGUGCUUGAGCAACUAGCAAGCAAUCUGAAACAGACCUCCACUAUUACCCGAUUGAGUGCAUCCUAUGUAUUCAAGGGUUUAAGCAAAUCUUAUGUCACGCCUUUGAGUGCGGAGCUAGCCAAAGACCAGGAAGCAGACUCCAGUAGCCACGAGCAGCCCCUGGCAACCCUGGAAAACAAGAUCGGUCAAGUGAAAGAAGAAGCCAGGGAAGUCACCGCUGCCAAUGCUGCCAUUGAGGGGAUGAAGGAUGAAGGCAUCUCCGAUAGUCUUCUUACAUUGGUGGGGUUGGUCGGUCCCAUCGGCAAAUUGCGCCCAGUGAUCCAGCAGAUAACCUCGUGGGAGCGGCCACUUGUUACUGGCACUAUCCUUGUUGUAGCUUUGCUAACCAUAUACAAUGAAUGGUUCAAUUACGUGUUAGCUGCAUCCCUGAUAAUGGCUGUUGGGGUGAUGGUUUGGGCAAGACAAAGAAAGAUAGGCAUGAUAUGCUCGGAAGUGAUCAUCGUCGAUACUUCUUCAGACAAGACAACAAUGGAGAGCAUAGUGGAUGCACAACAAAGCCUGAAGAAAGUGCACGAGUACAUCAGGACAGCAAACGUUGCCAUCCUCAGGCUGUGGUCGAUAGCACUAGCAAGGUCGCCAAAGCACACAGAGACGAUGAUUUGGAUGCUGACCGGGGCUGCGGUGGUGGUGGCCGUGAUCCCGUUCAAGUACAUUCUGAUCGGGCUGAUGGCCGGCAGCUUCGCCGCGAACACGAGGGUCGCGAGGGCCCUGUUGAACCCACAGGGCGGCCGGCGGUGGAGGGAGUGGUGGGAGUCCAUACCCGCCGUCCCCGUUCGUACAGUUCACAGUUGACAAGAGCGAGCUGAGGCGAAACCAGUCAAAACUCGGUUCUCCCGCCAAGUGUUUCUUGUGUGUUGUACUCUGUACUAGUACUAGUCUACAACUCUGUGCAUGCAUGCUUUGCAGAACUGCAGUGAAAUGGUGUGCACUGACCUUCAAAAAAAAAAAAAAAUGGUGUGCACUGCAGUCUGCAGUACAGAGAAGAAACUUGUUAGAAGAUGCUGUUCAGGAAGAAUAAGUCAUCAAGAAGAUGUGAGCGGAGGAUAAACUUUUGGUAGUGAACGAUAUGUUUUACAGACGUGUUCACUUGUGCCUUCACCCCUUAGGGCAAGC